GAAGAAGCCUUUUCUCGUAUUUCAACUGUGGUAAAUACUCUGCCGCUCAACGCCGCUCUCCACAUAGCAUUAGAGGUAGAAAUGUACCGUCAUAGCGCUCGCCGUUUAGGCCAUCAGCUCAUCAAGGAGCCAAUGGGUCACGAGGCCACCACGUUUGGCCGUGGGGACAGGACUCGUCAAAACGCCAUCCAGCACGUCUACGGUCUCGCUGCCUUCUGCGGCGCUGGGUGCGUCUUGGCACUCUUCUCCUUUGUCUCUGGCCAGCGUCGUGUGCAGACCACCAUUACUGCUGAUGGCGCCAUCACCAAAGGCACGUGCCCGACGAAGUGGUGGAACUUUUAG